AAUACCAUAGGCUGACACGAUUUCUAAACUGGUUUGUGGAAGAUCGAUUGAGUGCAAACUCUCAGUUAUGCUCUCUCUGUUGUACUAAUUAUGCAAAUUAUUUCUCUGAUCUGUUUAUCAUUAAAAAGUACGAAAAAACAAGCAAAAUUAAGUGCAGUAUGUACUUUUUGCAUAUUCAAAGUUCUAUUUGCAGACUUGUCAAAUACACUGAGACCACUGCAAUCAGUAAUCCUACAAACGUCGAUCUGCUAUUUAAAGAAUUCACGCUAAAUGAGAGUUCGUCGAAAUUCAGCACAAAGUUACACCGAAAGCUAUAUUAUAUUCUAGUCUACGUUUAUUGUUGGAAAAGUACGACAAUUAAACAUUAAAAAUUCUAAAUCAACAACAAACACUUGCUUUGUCUAUUUCAUCAAAUUCAAAUACACCCGCUACGCCUGUUCGAUGUUCUGUACUAUUUCUCUUUUGAUCUUCUCCCAGGGACCAAUCGGCGUAGCGCGGGCGGGCUCACUAGCGCCACUGCACCCUUCGCAGCGGCAGCGGCGUCUGCACUUAUUGUUACCCAGACGAGCCCCGCCGCAGCUUUUAAAGCUGCGCCAUUAUGCUUUCGUAUCGAUUUCGUGAAGUUUGAAGCAUAGUGACGGCCCGCAGCUGAGCGAAGCUUCCGUGCCUGGCCUAUUCCCUUGUCCGUAACGCCCCCGUCUAGUUGUAUCUUUUGUUAUCGUCGCAGCAGUCGAAGUGUUUAAAUGUGUUCGGAUACACCGUUAUAGCUCACGUUAUUGCUGGCUUGCGAUAAUAACGGCUAAUUGCUAGUUGGACGAAACUAAUACUAAAAAAACAACCAGUGCAAAGUGUUAUUCCUACUGGUGAAUUUGACUACGACCUGCGUUUUCCUUCAGAUUUAGACAGCGGUUGUUUUUACGGCCGAAAUCAUCAUUUUCACUUUACGCUUUGUCCUGUGUUGACAUAGCAGAGGCGAAAAAACGUUUAGUUCACCCCGCUUUUUUUGUUGAGUGCCCCUCAGACGUCAAUGCGAUCGAAGGCGGUGAUCCUGCCAGAGAUUGCGCUGCGUGAGCCUUUGUUAAAAAAACUCAAUAGCGAUAAACCGCCAUUAAAUUGUACAAGCAAUUGUAGUCUACACUGUUGGGCGAAAAUAAAACCGCCAGCUAGAAAUUCAAGAGUAGCAUUUAUCGGUCAGGCAAUACAGAGACGAUGAAGUUGCUGCAGAGUUCGCUUUUCGAGGCGCUUAAUUCGGAUCUCACCCUUGAAUGUGGUGACUGCCGCAUUCUGGGACGCAUCGAGAGUUACUCAUGUAAAAGUACCAGUCAGGAGAAGAAGCUGUUCAGAUCGUUAUGUGGCGUCGAAUGCGGCACAGGUCCGGAUAGUCUCGAGGCGUUAUCGCCACCCCAGGGUUAUUCGACUAGUUUUGGAAAGAAUAGCAUUAGUAAUGCGCCCCCAAUGGUGGUAGCCUUUUCACCAUCGUCGGUCGAAUCUAGCUCAGAGGACGGGCCGUUUUGUGACACAAUCUCGCGGAAGACGCUAUUUCAUCUCAUUGCGACAUUAAACGCGUUCUUCCUACCCGAUUACGACUUUUCGCAAGCGAAAAGCGAGGAGUUCAGCAAAGAGCCCAGCCUCGAAUGGGUUAUGAACGCAGUCGAUAGUCAGCUUAUGGCGAGCGCAGCGAAUGCGUACUCAUUGCCGCUACGGAAUCAACUUUGGUCAGCGCUGGAUGCCGAGGUGAAGCUCAACGAAUGCGUGAUCUAUUCGUAUAAGCCUGAUUUCGAUUCGGAUCCGUACGGCGAAGAAGGGACAUUAUGGUCAUUUAACUAUUUCUUUUACAAUCGCCGCCUCAAAAGGGUAGCGUUUUUCACUUGUCACGCCUCGCUGACGAACUCAACAGCCGAGGAUACACGCAACCAGUGCUUCGAGGACGAUUCAUUAGAUAUGGAGUUUCUCGAUCCUGUUGAUGACCUGGAUGCCAGCGUCUACUAAUCACAGCAGUAAUACGAAAUCCUCGUUAAUUAUUAAAACCGGCCGUCGAAGCUAUGCAACUACGCCUCCCAACGGGAAUUGGAAGAUCAGUCAUCAUAUU